AUGUCAGACACGUCAGCGUUGCACGAUUCAUCGUCGCAUGAUAUGGCUUCGUCGAAAGAAACCUCAGGCAGAGCAACUAUCGGAGCAGGCCAACUACACACACCACAAGAACAUCUACACCAUAGCUUCUCACACGACAAGCCCUUCGACCCCUCGACACUGCUGCCUAACACCCUCUCGCCGCCAGCGUCGCCUAAUUUCGUUCUAGCACCACAACCAUCUGUCGACGAGCCCUUGUUCCCAGACACCGAAAGAGACGAAGCAGACCAGCCUCUCUUCGACAGCCAACAGUCGGAGUCUGCACGACCAAGCACAUCGGAGGCCACACUACGGCGACAUAGCACGUCAGAGCCGUCCAAGACCGUCAGAGUGCCGGGCACGCAAAUCGUGCUCGAGAACAAGCCCUUGGCUGCUUACAAUUACUUCCAAGGCUGCAUGGCGCAGGUUGAGCGGAUACGAGACGCAACGAGAAAGAUGCCGGGGCUCGAGGGAACAAGAUCGAAGAACAUCCUCACUCGAGACCCAGAGACACGGAGAGCGUUGAGUCGACUCGACACUUUCGAUAAGACGCUUCAUCGUGUCGACCGGCCGUCACGAGUGACGAAGACGACAAUCACACGAAGAUCGAUACCAGAUCGCCAUCAAUCCUCCGAGCCAGCACUGCCGCGGGUGACGACCGCAUCGCCUGGGCGGCCGGACACUCCUGAGCAUGCGUCCAAGACAAGACCGGCUUCAUCGAGACGAUCUCGAACACCAAAGUCACAAUCACAAACCGACUUCCUCGACAAUGCUUUCCCGGACAAGAAACACAAGCGCUCAGCGCCGUCGAAGCACACACCAUCGAAGGAGGACGACUUCAAGUGGCGCGAUCUACCCGAUUACGCCCCUUCAACCACUGACGCGCAAUUGAAGUCACUCACUGCCCAUUGGUCGAGUGGUGGGCCUCUUGACAUCGAUGAUCAAAUUGACGUUGAAGAGCUGCAUGGCCGCGAAUACGAUGUCUGUCGGACACUACGUCUCAAGCCUGUGCAGUACCUCGCAACCAAGCGACGAUUUUUCGUGGCGAAGGUGCAGUUCUUGAGCGAGGGGAAGACGUUCACCAAGACCGCAGCACAAAACGUCACCAACAUCGAUGUCAACAAGUCGAGUCGGCUGUGGGAAGCAUUCAACAAUGUGGUAAGCACUUCGCGGGGAUUGAAGGAGUAA